AUGAAUGUGUCUGGAACGGGCAAUGAAGUCCAAGUGCUACCAGAAGGUAACAGCAAUUCUUAUUGGUUUCUGGGAGUAUGCCUUGCCGUCCUCGGCACGCUGGCCGGCACCAUCGGCAAGCAAAUGGUUCGUUGCUCCAAGCUGGCCAAAGAGAGGCGGAAGCAGAAGGAGGGGAACUUCCUCCUCCUUGCCGGCCUGGCGCUCCAGGUGGCCUUGAACCCGGCCUGCGACGUCGCCGGCUACGCGCUGGCGCCGGCCUCGGUCAUCGCCCCGGUGACCGGCAUGGACAUUGUGUGGAACACGCUGAUCGCGCCCUGUUCUUUGGGAGAGACCCUGACGCCCCGGCGGCUCUUCAGCGCUGCGAUUAUUUUCUUCACGGCCACGACCUCUGUGUUCUUCCGGCAGAUCAACGAAGUGAACUGGAGUGCUGAGUACGUUCAGCAUGUCCUUCUGCAGUCGCGGACCAUGGUCUACGGUCUCUGUUUCACUGGCUGGUUCCUCUUCAACACCCUGGUCUUGAUGAAGUAUCCCAACGGUUCUGCAGUCCGCGGCUUCUCCCUCGGGGCAACUGCAGGCACGCUGGCAGGGAACAUGUGGUGCACGAAGAUUGUGGCUGUGCUGCUGGAGCAAUGCUUCGGUGGGAACUGUUUGGCUUGGACGAAACCUGUGUCCUGGUUUGCCACCACCGCCGCAAUUCUUUUCAGUACCACGAACCUCUAUUUCAUCUCUCUGGGUCUGCAGCAUUACGAGGCUCUCUUCAUGGUCACAGUCUUCAUGGGGUCGAACAUCGUCACCAACAGCCUCAGUGCUAUCGUUGUUCUGGCAGAGAUGGAUGAGGCUCCCUGGUGGAAGCUCGGUGGCUACGUGCUCUGCAUCCUUGGCAUGAUGGCGGGGCUGGUGUUGCUGACCGAAGGUGAAAAGGAGUCGCCUGGCAACUCCCGCUUCGCCCCGGCGAGCCUGGAGGAAGUUGAGCUCUCGAGCUUUGAUGUGAGGUCCUUCGGGGCCCCAUCCUCACCCCUGGAUUGA